CCUUGAUUAUGUAAUACAUAUAUAUUGAAAAUGACAGAUCAUAUAAAAAUAAUAUAAAUAAUAAAUAAUUAUUAAUUAAUAUUAAUAAUUAAUAAUAAUUAAAGAUAAUAUAUUAUUAUUGCAAUCUUUCUGAAUGUUCAACUUGCGAAAAUCGCUAGUUGAAAGAUCGUAACACAAUGCCUGUCAAACGUCGCAUCAAACUUCUUGGGACGCUCUGACGCAUACGAUGUAUGCGUCACAUGCAUACAUUCGAUAGUGGAUAGUGGCGGCGAUCGGCGAUAAGGCGAUAAGGGCGGCCCGAUAACGGCCGAUACAAGCGGUUAUUAAAUCGCAUGUUUUGUGUGAGAUGUUCGCGAACUUUUCUUCUGGCGCGGCGAAGAAACGUUCACGAGCAUGUCGAAAUUGGGCACGUACGAGCUCACGCAUCCGGAGUCGUUAUCAGAGCGUCAACUCCGCGAGAUUUUAAAGAAUAGUUGCAUUGAGAUUCUUAAUUUUGAGAAACUAUGUAAAAGCGAAUUGUUAGAGAUGUAUAAACGAGUUGCCAUGCCUUUACCACAACGACAAUGUGGAAGGGCUAAGAAUUUGGAUACAGAGAUAAAUGUGGUACCAGACAAAUCUGUUAUAGCUAUAAGUAGUAACGAUAUGCAUAGCUUAACUGCAGACUUAAACAAAGGAAAUAAAAGGACAUACCAAUUGUCUCAGAUGGACAGAUUAAAGUUUCCUAUUAAUGAUCCAAAAUCAGUGCAUAAGAAAAUCCGAGUAUGUUCUACACCAAAAAUAGAAACUACCUGCAAUGGAAUUAGCAAACGUAGAUGCGACGAGCAAAACGAGAUACUAGAUAUGUCAGUAACAAUGGACGUACUGAAAUCUUUCAGGAAUCAUUAAUGAAAAAACGUCAAAAGAUUACAUGGCCAUAGAUGACUAGAGAGAAUAUAAUCCCUUUUUAUUUGUUACUAGAAAUUAAAUUUUAAGGAGCAGUAUGUUAGCAGAAUUUUAUGAAUGAGGAAUGUAUGAGAAAAGUGUAUGUAUGAUGGCAAAUGUUAUUAAUGUUUAUAAAAUAUUCUUCUAAAGAAUUAUAUUUAAGAUGUUGAAUCAUAGUAAUUUGAAUUAUGAAUUGUGAUUAAUAGAGAUAUUAACCUUACUGAUAAUUUUAUCAUAUUUUUUAAUUACUUAAUAUUUUAAUAACAUUAAAUGACAAUGUUGUGAUUUUGUGCAAAGAGUUUGCAUCACAUUAUGCAUGUGAUAAUGUGCGCACACAUCUGGACAGAUAAUAUACAUGAACAAAUAGCUAAUAG